GGUUUUUUCCCUCCCAAAAUUAACAAGUUUUCUCAGACAUAUUCCAGGAGUGGCGUUAUUUGGAAAAUCGGUAUUACAUUUUUGUUUCUGUGAGAGAUCAGUUUCUUCAAAAUCAUCAGCAAAAUGUAAUUUAAGUCAUAUUCGUUAUGUCAUUACGACAAGUAACUUUUCAUAUUCAACAUGUCAACAAAUCAAUUUUGACAUGUUAUAGUAAAAUUUCAAGUGAGACCAAACUCCAUGCCUAUCCUAACCCAAAUGGAGCAGUCACAACAAAUCCAAGAACCCAACGAGUUGGAAGCAUGGAAACUCAUGAUGGACAGUAUGAUAAAGUUUAUACAUGCCUCGACGAAGCUGAUGAACACUUUCAACAUCAAAGCCAGCAAUUCAGUCCUUCCGAAUGAUUGCGAAGUAGAAUGCAUUCCGUGUGCGUCGAAAACUGUCCAGAAACAGAAAAAGAAAGUUUGUGCAGCUGCUGCUUCUCAACCACAAGCUAACGAGACACAAAAAGGAGAUGCUACUCUGGCCAACGCUACGAAUCCAGAAGAGGAUAACCAGCAUGACGCAACACCGGGCGCAGAUGAAACUCUCAACCAAACUGGAAAUGAUUUGGAAGAAACUCAACCAGGAGAGGUAGCAGCGGAUGACACCCAAAAUGAGGUUACGAUGAAUGAGACAAAUAAUCUCCAGAAUAAUACAGAAGCUCAUCCAAACGAGGAUGUCGAAAUAGUGGUUGAAAAAAAGGAUGUAUGUGUCUGUAAAGAAAUCAGGGAAAUCAAAGAAACAGCCAAGAAAGCUGGAAUAGUUACUGAAUGCAAAGCAAAAUGCAGUUGCAGUGGAAAGAAAACUGAGGUUCCUAAUCCAGAAUUAUGUGCAUGUCCGGUCACUUCAAAGGAAGCUGCAGAUCUAGCAGAAUCAAUGGCUCAGAAACUAGCGAUAGCGCAAAAUGAAAUAGACGGCUUGAAGGGAGAAUUGGAGAAGCUGCAGUUUAUGGAAUCCACCAGAAAAUCUAACACAGCAGCCCUAUACAAACAAAUCAUGAAGGAUACCUUGAUUUCCAUGCCGAACUCCAGCAAAAUGUACUCCUCUGGUAUGUCAUCCCAACCAAGAUUUUACUCUGACCGUACAAGUCCAAAUACAACAAAUAGGACAAUACCGUCAGGAUCACCACCACCCCCCUCGAUUCGUUCAACAUUUCUGGGGGGCACUGGUAUAGCAGUUCAAUCGCCGAGAUUUCCCCCAUCUCAUCCAGUGCCUUGUGAAUGUGAUCCUCAACAAAAAGUACCAUUCCAAAUAUUUUCUUCGUCCCGUGGACCAAUGCAGAGUUUGAAUCAAAGUGGGCCGCCAGGAUCAGUUCGUGGCCAAAAAAAUAGAACUAUCAUGCAGAAUCAGAAUGAGAGUUUGUUUCUUCGCACAGGUCCAUAUCAAGAACAAGGCUCACGAAACGGUACACAAAUGCAGAGUCUCAAUGAAAGUAGUUUUCUUCGUACAUCAGGUCCAUACCAAGAGCAAACGUCAUCCAGGGGAGUUCCGAUGCAGAGUUUUAAUAAAAGUGAUCGUCGUUCCUCAGGUCAACAAAAGGCAUUCAUGCCGUCUUCCUUCCAACCUCCGUAUACCAGUAGCUUAUCUGAGUUUCCUCAAGCAGAUCAAUCUCAGUUAUAUGGAGCUCCAAAAGAUUUUUCUCAAAUGAGACCAAUAGAAGUGGAGUGUGUGUAUAAAAAACUCAAAAAGAAGCAGACAUCACCAAGUACCAAUCAAUCUCAGUACUCACACAGAGGCUCCUCACAACUCAAUGACAGUGGUCGUACUAUGGCAAGUCAACAACCGUUCAGAUCCAUCCAAGUCGUGCAACAAAGAGCAGUUACUGUUUGUAAACCUCCUAGAGCUCUUGAAGACGUCCUGAUGUUUGAUGAUCCGUCCGGCUACGAAGACCAAUGUGAAAACUACAACUGUCAUAACGAUAUUUGUGAGAAUCAGUAAAGUUAUUUUAUACCUAAUAAAAUGUAAUUGUCUUCUUGGA